AUGUGGGUAGGGCGAUGCCGAGGGGCUGAGGCAACGACGGCGAAUGGAUCCAGUCCGGAUAGUGCGCGAUUGCCGGCAAUGGCUAGAGUGAACUCGCGAUGCUUCAAUUCGGCGCCGAGUAUAGGCCGGAUUCGGGCGAUGUUGCAGCGGGGGGAGGCAGUAGAACCGUCGACUAGAGGGACGGCGGGGCGUCGAGAAGGAGUGACGGGCGAGAGCGGCAGUGCGCAGUCGAGGGACGGUCGCGGGCCUCUGUAUGUGGGGAGAGGGGUGGGAUUAUGGGGAGUGGAACUGUACAGCAGGCGGGCGGAAUAG